AUGUUUCGUUUGAGUUCAAGAACUAUUUUAAAUAGAGGUUUGAUCAAUUCUGCAGCUAAACGUUGUUAUGCAGAUGCUGCUACUUCUUCUGCGCUUAACACAGGAUUGAAACUACAAUUUGCGUUACCACAUGAAAUUUUGUUUAAAGAUGUUACUGUCACACAGGUUAAUCUACCUGUUAAAUCUGGUCAAAUUGGUGUUUUAGCAAACCAUGUUCCAAUGGCUGAACAAUUAAUCCCAGGUGUUGUUGAAAUUUUCGAAGAAGCCACUAAUUCAACUCCAAAGAAGUUCUUUGUUUCUGGUGGGUUUGCUACUGUUCAACCAAAUUCAACUUUAUCCAUUACCUCUGUCGAAGCUUUCCCAUUAGAAUCUUUCUCAAUUGAAAAUGUUAAGAAUUUACUAGUCGAGGCUAAUAAGAAUAAAACUUCUUCAGAUGAAAAAAUCGCUGCUGAAGCUGCUAUUCAGGUUGACGUUUUGGAAGCCUUAGAAGCUGCAUUAAAAUAA